AUGAUGUAAUUAUAUAUAUAGAUAUAAAAGACAGAACAAUUUAGGUGAUUACAUACCAAAAAAUCUUAAAUAAAUCAACCAUUUAAAAUGGUUAGGUUAAUAUGGGAAUUUAAACUAAUAAAUUGGAGAAUGGAAGGCUCUUUGGGAUAAUAAACCAAUUCUAGCAGGAGGCAGAUAUAAUGAUAAUGGACACAAAGAAGGACCUUGGAAUGAAUUAUUUUGCAAUUAUUCAGAGUAAUCAUUAAUUUUUUAAUAUAAAAUAGAAUUGAUUAACUUAUUGAAUCUGGUAUAUAUUAGGAAGGUUUAAGAGUUGGAAAAUGGGUUACAAGUAAAUUACUUUAUAUUUGUCAAACUUAAUAUGGAAAAAUGCCAAUGUAAAAAUAAAUAUUAUAUUUAGAGGUGAAGGAAUGUAUGAUGAUUAAGGAAGAAAAGUAGGAAAAUGGGUUGAUUUACAUCCUCAAUUUUCUAAGUAUUCAUAAUCUUUAUACUAAGAGAUUUCUUACUUGUGUUUGAAGGAGAUUAUGUUGAAAAUGUUAAAAAUGGUUAUUGGAGUACAAAAUUUAAGUAUUUUUCUGAAAAUAAAUACACAAUCAUGUAAUUUAAUUUUAUAUAGUUUAGAGGUGGAGGGACAUAUGAAAAUGGUGUUAAACAUGGACAUUGGAUAGAUCUUUCUGACUAUUUCGAUAAGUAAGUGUAAAAGUUGUUAAUAGAAUUUUUAGUCGUGUAUAAUACCUUGAAGAAGGUAAUUAUGAUAAAGGAGUAAAAAAAGGUUAUUGGACAAUCUAACAAAAAAGAGUACCAGGUUAUUUUCUAAGCAAUAUAUUACAAUUGUAUUAGUAUUGAUAUUUAUUUUAGCCCUAAAAUGUUUUAUGAUAAAAAUGGGAAGAAAUAAGGAGUAUGGAUUGAAAUUUCUAAAUUUACAAGAACUUUUGGAAACUCUUUUCUUUAUUCAAAAGGAUGGUAUUUGGAUGAUGUGAAAGAUGGUUAUUGGGAAAUCAUCUUUAUGAUAGAUGGUGUAAAUUUCAAAAGGUUGAAUUCUAUACAUAUUUAAAUAGAGGUGGUGGUAAAUAUUAGAAUGGAAAGAAAGUAGGAAAAUGGAAGGAAUUCGAACAAUAAAAUGAUUUGUAAGUAGAUAUUCAUAAUUUAGGUUUUGGAGAGUUUAAAUUGGAGAUUAUAAAGAAGGAAAUAAAUAUGGAUUUUGGGAGUCACGUAAAAUAAAAAGAUAUCUACCAAAUGAACCAUAUAGACUUGAAAAUACUUUAAAGAACCAAUAUUCUAUUAGGUAAUUUUAAAUAAUUUCAAUUAUUAUUAGAGUAUUUGGAAUGUUUAAUGAGAAUGGGUUGGAGGAAGGACAUUGGUGUUAUGUGAAUGAAUAAAAAGCAUAUGAAGAUUAUUCUUAAUUAGGAAUUGAAUUUAAAAAUGGAAUAAUUGAUAAGAAAUAUGAAAAAGAUAUCAAGGAAUUCUUAGACAUUAUUUGA